AUGGCCAAUGGCAACGAUGUGGGCGCUGGGGAUUCGGCCAGCGCCGUCUAUGCCGAGCAACUGCAACAGGAGAAGGAGCACGAACAUGAACCGGAACCAAAUGAACUAACCGCUGUGCCGCGCUACGGAUUGAAACUGAAGUUCGAUCACGUUUGGCCAGAGAAACGCAAUCAGAAUUUACGGCCAUCGAUAAAACAAUCGCUGCCGAUGGUUCCGCUCGUUUGCAGAUAUGCUGCCUACUAUUGGAAGGUGUCGCGCGAAGGUCGUCGCGUCUAUAUGGACUACUACUAUAUGGAGAAUGGCAAACAGAUCUAUGGCGUGCCCAUUGGCGGCAUUGGCGGCGGCAGCAUUGGGCGUGGCUAUGCUGGCGAAUUUUGUCGCUUUCAAAUGCGCCCGGGCAUCUAUGAGUACAAUGUGGUGCAAGCCAAUCAGUUUAUAGUAACCAUCAAGGAUCACAAAGGCUGCACCAUAUUUCAGAGUUUGCUCUCCCGUUGCAGCACCAAAUCAUUCAAGGCAAAGACUAAGACACCAAGCACCAACAACAACGAUAUUGAUGCCUCGACCGAUGAGGCCGAGGCACAGAGCACUAAAUGUCAACUGCCCCAUUGCAGCUGCAGCCGGAACCGACAGCCGCUGAGCACCUGGCACUCGAAUAUCGAGGACUCGCGGUGCAGCUAUACGGGUCUGUAUCCGCGCGCCUGGACCGAAUACGAUCUAUCGCACUAUGGCGUCCGCUUGGUCUGUCGCCAGAUCUCUCCGGUUAUACCGCACGACUACAAGGAGUCGAGUCUGCCGUGCGCCGUCUUCGUGUGGUCAGUCCAAAACGUUUGCGAUCAGGAGCGCAAGGUCUCCAUCACGUUCACCUUCAAGAACGGCACGGGCAACAAGAAGCAGGAUGCGGAGGGCAAUCCCGAAUCGCAGCUCAUCGCCGAGGGCAGUGCCAAGGGCGUGGCCAUUAGGCAAACAAUUGGCGAUAUGCCCUGCAGCUAUAAUCUCGCCUGUCGCGUGCUGCCCGAGAUCAGCAUCACGCGCUGUCCGCAGUUCGAUCCGGCUGGCAGCGGCGAGCAGCUGUGGGCCCAGCUCAAGGAGUACGGACAGCUUAACGAGCAGCCCACGUCGGAGACGCUUAAAACCAAGGACAUAGGCGUCGCUGUCUGCGCCCAGUUGGCCCUCAAGCCGCAGGCAUCGCAUGAGCUGGAAUUCGUGCUGGCCUGGGACAUGCCCAAGAUUCAGUUUCCACGCAAACUGCAAACCCACACGCGCUACUACACCAAAUACUUCGAUGACAGCGGCGAGUGCGGACCCAGGAUAUGCGAAUAUGCAUUGAAGCAGUACGCCAGCUGGGAGCGACUUAUCGAUGCCUGGCAGCGACCCAUUCUCAAUGAUGAGGGCCUGCCUGAUUGGUACAAGUGCGCCAUAUUCAAUCAGCUCUACUACAUCUCGGACGGCGGCACAAUCUGGCUGAAGUGCGACUCUUCGCUGGGCAACCAGCUGGCUUUCGAUGAUCCGCGCUUGGCCUACGGCCGCUUCGGCUAUCUGGAGGGUCACGAGUACAGAAUGUACAAUACGUACGAUGUGCACUUCUAUGCCUCGCCCGCUUUGGCCCAUCUCUGGCCCAAUUUGCAAGUCAGUUUGCAGUACGACUUCAAGGAUGCAAUUGGCGCCGAGCUGAAUGAUACACGGAAAAUGUUAUACGACGGAAAAGUGAUGCCGCGCAAGAUCAAGAACUGUGUGCCACACGAUCUGGGCGAUCCCGAUGAGGAGCCCUUCACGCUCAUCAACUGCUACAACAUCCACGAUGUCAAUGACUGGAAGGAUCUCAAUACAAAGUUCGUGCUACAGGUUUACAGGGACUACUAUGUGCUCAACGAGCUGGCCCAGGCGCAGGCGGACAAUGCCAGCAAAUUCAGCUCCAUUGAGUUCAUAGACAAAGAGAGCCUCUACGAGCAGUACAGCCAGGACAACAAUCGCAAGAGUUCGGCAGAUGGCAAACAGCAGAAUCGCAAAUCUGCUUCCAUGUACAUCAAUGAAACGAAUGGCAAGGUUUAUCUCAUGGAUGCCAUGGUCUAUCUGAAGUCCAUGUAUGGCGCCUGCAAGGCCAUCAUGGAGCGCACCAUUGAGUAUGAUAAGGAUAAUGAUGGCCUCAUUGAGAACACCAAAAUGCCCGAUCAAACCUACGAUGCAUGGGUUAUGGAUGGACCCAGUGCCUAUUGCUCCGGCCUCUGGCUGGCGGCACUGCAGGCCAUGUCUGUUAUGGCCACGCUUUUGGAUCAGCCGAACGACUGUUUGCGCUACCAGGACAUAUUGGAGAAGGGCAAACGGUCGCUGGAGGAGAAGCUAUGGAACGGCAGCUACUAUCGCUUCGAUUUGUCGCACAAUCAUCGCGAUACGAUCAUGGCCGAUCAGCUGUGCGGCCAUUGGUAUUUGAAGUCGUGCGGCUUUGACUAUGAGAUCUACCCGAAGGAGAAUGUGCGCACCGCCUUGAAACGCAUUUACGACAACAAUGUGAUGGGCUUUCACGAUGGCAACAUUGGCGCCGCCAAUGGCUUCAUAGCAAACGCCAGUGAGCCGUCGAAGCCGGGCCAUGUGGACAACAGCACCAUUCAGGCCGAGGAGGUGUGGCCAGGCGUUGUCUACGCCCUGGCCGCAACCAUGAUACAGGAGGGCAUGUUCGACGAGGCCUUCCAGACAGCCGGCGGCAUGUACAAGACCUUGUCUCAACGCAUCGGCAUGAACUUUGAAACACCAGAGGCGCUCUAUGGCGAGAAACGCUAUCGUUCCAUUGGCUAUAUGCGGCCCCUGAGCAUUUGGUCCAUGCAGGUGGCCUGGGAGCGACGCCGUGCGCUACGCGACUAAGUCAUAACAGUACAAUCUAUAUGAUCUAUAAGUUGAGUUAUCUAUGUUUA